GAUAAAAUGAAAGUUUUGAGUGGCGUUUUGUUUUUGUGUGUAAUUUUGAAAGCCGUGACAGGAGGAGUGUUAAGAAAUGAUACAUUUAGACUAGAUAUAGUGCAUUACAACGAUUUUCACGCUAGAUUCGAAGAGACAUCAGUUAAGGACACCGUAUGCAAAACGAACGACACAGGUUGCCUAGGCGGGUUUGCGAGACUCUUCUACGAGAUCAAACACAUAACAAGCCAGAAACCAGACGCCCUUGUCUUGAAUGCUGGAGACGACUUCCAAGGCACCUACUGGUACACCCUGAUGAAGGAUAAAGUGAUGUCCACAUUUAUCAACAUGCUGCCUAAUGAUGCUCAUACAGUGGGCAACCACGAGUUCGACGACGGGGUGGCAGGCCUGGUGCCGUACCUGAAGGCACUCAGGGACCCGGUGGUGGUCGCUAACUUGGACGUCACUCGGGAACCUUCUCUACAAGGCUUGUUCCAGCCUCAUGUGGUGCUGGAGAGAAGAGGAAGGAAGAUCGGCAUCAUUGGGGUUACUACGCCGGAUACCAAAGACUUAUCAAACCCGGAUGGCGUUAAAUUUCUGGACCCUCUUCCUGUAGUCCAGAAGGAAGCCAAGCUGUUGACUGAACAAGGAGUUGAUAUUAUCAUCGUGUUAUCCCAUUGUGGACUUUACGUUGACAAAGCAAUGGCGAAAGCAGUCGGCGAGAAUGUAGACAUCAUAGUCGGUGGACACACUCACAGUCUACUCUGGAAUGGAACUGCUCCCAGUCAUGAGGUGGUGGCCGGCAGCUAUCCGGAGUAUGAAGAGGCUGACAACAGGCCGGGACACAAGAUCCUUGUUGUAACAGCUUCAGCGUACAGCAAAUAUUUGGGAAAUAUUGGUGUCGAUUUCGACGCAAACGGGGAAAUUGUAUCUUUUGACGCCGAGCCAGUAUUUUUGGACCGAACUGUUCCUGAAGAUCCAACCAUAAAAGCACUUAUGAAACCUUACAUGGACCAGAUGCACAAGGCCAUAAAUGGGGUGGUCGGCACCGCCACUGACGAAUUAAGCACGUGUGGAGCAGAAGAGUGCGCUCUUGGUGACAUCAUUGCGGAUUCCUUCUUGGAUAUUGCAAAACAGAAAACUCCAUCAAAUCUGACGUCUAUAUCGUUUAUUUUUAAUAAAAUGAUACGGACUUUUAUUGACAAAGGAGACAUAACCCAAGGCGAUAUAAUGAACGUGCUACCUUUCGGCAGCGCUGUACUGUCAUUCACGAUACAAGGGAAAUUUGUGAAACAGGAGCUGGGAGAAUCGUUGAAAAAGAAUCCAUUUAAUUUGCCACAAGUUGGAGGACUAAAACUAACCGUGAACACAACGAGCAAAACCAUCGAUUCAAUUUUAGUCAAAGAAGAUGACGAUUGGAAACCAAUGGAAGACGAGAAAGAAUACCAAUGCGUUACGCCACGAUUUGUGAAGGACAAGUCAGAGCCUUUAAACACCAACGCCAAAGACGUAGUAAACCUUGCAAAAGAUUGGGAGUCUUUGAUGAGUUACAUCAAAAAAAUCACCCCUAUCACCUCCUCGGUAGACGGACGACUCAAAAUUCUAAGCUGAAUGUGAUAGAUACUUUU